AUGCCGGACAUUGUUGAAUACAACGUUAACCCCAAUAUUGAGUGAGUUUUUUUAAAUUUAAUUAUUGAAUCAAAACAUUAUAAAACUUUUCAGGGCCUUUGAAAUCGCUGGCCUUGGUGUUUACGUUCUAGCUCCAAAUGCUAAUCCAGAACAAGAAAUUCAGAAUCUUUAUCGAAAUCAAAAUCAAAAUCAAAUCGAAUUGGCGGAGUUCCCAGUUGGAAUAUUGCUCCCAAACUACGAGAUCCCCGAAGAAUUAUUCAGAAAACUCGAUGAAUUCUUCUUACAAAUAGAUCGUCUCCUUGAGCCAAAGGGAAUUUUCGCGUUCUUAAGUGAAAGAAUGCCUGAUGUCGAUGAUUUCGAGGAUAUCAACGAGGAACCGAGUCUUCAUCAAGGAUGCAUGCAACACGAAUCGGAUGCUGAAAUUCACGAUGAUGCCGAGAUUGUUGCUGAGCAAUUGGAAGCUGAAGCUGAUGAUUAA